AUGGCAUUCGCAGGGAAACGCAACACGCAAGAGCUCAGGAAGCUGGAAAAGACUGAUGUCAAGAUAUCAGAGGCGAGACUCUUCAACGCAUACACGAGAGUUGUGCUUGUCGUUGGUCGCUAUCCACAAGCGUUAUACGACCAGUACCUCGAGCUCAGCCACAUCAACGCGACCGAGGUCAAACUCGGACACGGCAUAGGACGGAUAGCGUGGCUGGAACGUGAUGUUCACGGCAAGCUAAGCCGCAUCGUCCUCUACAUCAACCACCCGGAGUGCUUCAAGAGGUAUCGAGCCCACGUUACCACGAAGGCCCAACAUCGGCAAGCCCUCCGAGAGCGCCUUGUGGACCUGACAAUGGUCUACUUCAGGCGGCCGGUCUCUCUCCCCGCCUUUCUAUCUACCACGCAGACAUGGCACCAGCACUCGACUGGACAGCUCGUUCCGCUGCGCGUGUUCGCCGACUUCCUUGACGGUGAUGGCGAUGAGAUAGAGCUGAGGACAGCGCUGACGUGGCCACGAACUCCAUCUGGCUUCGAGUACCUCAGCGACUGGCUUCAAGGUCGCUCCGAGAUGAUCGCGCGCUAUGGGCCAAGGGCAGCCACGUUCGAGAAGGCGAUGGAGCGUAUGUGGGUCAACACCGCGCUGAUCGAAGAAGACGACGACGACGAAGAAGAGGGACCUACAAGGAAGAGGACCAAAGUGACCGGACUGAAGGCUGGGCUGUCAAAGGAAGGGUACGAUCGCCAGACCUACAAAAUGAACCAAGCAAAGAUCGCCGCUGGUGAUAAAAUCGCCGCGGAGAAGUUCGAUAAGAAGCGCAAGAGCAUCACGCAAACCCACAAAACCACACAGGCGAAGGUCGCUGCCAUGGAUGGGAAGAUACCAUUCAACGAUGCGCUUGACAAGAGCAAGAUGUCGACUACGAAGAAGGCACCGAGCAAGUCCCUAGAGUCAGGGCGCCGGUCGAGAGCCCUCCGCGAUCUGAAGAUCGCACAAGGGGACCCUAAGGCUAUCGAGAGCAAGAGAAAGCAGAGGGAGAAUCAGGCCAAGUGGAGGCAGUCCCAGAGAGAAAAGGUCAAGGCCUUUGACUUGAAGCAUGCUGAGAAUGAGAAGAAAGCGGAGGACGAGCAGAACUAG